AUGUACAUGAUCGGGUGGCUUAGCUAUCAGCACUGUCAGAUUGUGGGUUUCCUCCACUUGAACACAAACUUGAUAGAAGCAGAACCUCCUAAAAUCAACAGUGGAUUUUUAAAGAAGAUAUUUUUUCGGGAUGUGACCGAUUCAAAAACAUUAGAUUGUAAAGCUGAUGGAAUCCCUGCUGUAGAGUAUGAGUGGCAUCGGAAUGGUGUGAAGAUCGUUGAACAGCCCGGUUCUGUAGAAGUCAGCGGCGGGAGGCUACAGCUGUUGAGGCCCACUCUCAAUGAUGAGGGCUUUUAUCAGUGCUUCGCCAGUAAUUCGCACGGAAAAUCCAUGUCUACUGUUGUGGAAAUUCAGAAGGCUCAGUUACUCGGCUAUAAAACACUUCCGGUUGCGAACAUUGGGACGCAUGAUGUGGGUUCUCACGUGACCUUAACCUGUCGUGACCAACCAAUGAGCGUGCCCACUGCCGUCUAUGAUUGGUUCAUUGGCAAGUCUGAAGCUGUCAUAACUGGAGGUCGAAUCGUCAUUGAUCAAGUAGGAGAUCUACAUUUCAUCAAUGUGGAAAUGGGUGAUGAGUCGGCUGGAGAAAAGACGUACAACUGCUCCCUCUACAAUGUGGUUGCUCAACUUAGGGUCUAUGGUAGCCCCACCAAAUUUAAAGUCAACCCAGUCGCACCCGCCUCGAGGGCUCCAACUGUGGUAUGGUUUACAGACAGGGAGAGCUCUGUGGCCUUACUCGGGAAAACACUCACCCUGCAAUGUAUACCUGAUGGAUACCCAUUACCCAAGAUAGAGUGGGCCAGAACAGGCGGCUCACUGCCUGUGGGGCGUCACUUUAUCAGUGACGACAAGUACACAUUGGAGAUCUCAAAUGUGAUGGAGGCGGAUGAAGGAACGUACACCUGUACAGCUGUACACGGAAGCCAGAGGUCUGUUCAGAACAUCUUUGUGGAUGUGAAAUCGAAGCCUAUUUGGGUUCAGAAGCUGAAAUCUGUGAUAGUUACGACCGGAAAGACUGCUGAGUUCAAAUGUGUGGCAAGGUCGGCUGUAAUGGAGCAGGACAUUCCGCUGGUACAGUGGUUCCAGAACGGCAAACCUCUAAACGCUGGAAAAACAGGGAAAAUAGAAGUGUAUGGAACAAAACUUACUGUCAGUGGCGUCCGUAAACCAUACGAUCUCAUGAAUAUCCAGUGUAACGUGUCCAACAGCAUUGGUUAUCAGCUGGCAGAUGCUUUCCUUAACGUCAUAGACCAAACCAAACUGGACGUGAGGCCCCAACCAAAGUAUGUCGUUGACCCUGGCAAGGUGUUGGAGGUGCCUAUUAUGGCUGUCGCCGACCCUCUCUAUCACAGGCUUCUUACCUACAGGUGGUCUAAGGUGAAGGGUGGUCAGGCAGUUAGUAAAAACCCUGCUGAUCCUGUCUACGUGGAUGUGUCAAACACACUGAUCAUCAACGCGACGGGGUUUGAUCGAGAUCAGGCCUUCCUGGAGAUCCUGGGCAAUUACAGCUGUCUAGUGUCUAUGGGGCUGGAGAAAGGCGAAGGUGACGUGGUAGUCUAUACCCACAUCUCGUCUGAUGAGGAAGAAGCAAAAGCAGAACCUCCUAAAAUCAACAGUGGAUUUUUAAAGAAGAUAUUUUUUCGGGAUGUGACCGAUUCAAAAACAUUAGAUUGUAAAGCUGAUGGAAUCCCUGCUGUAGAGUAUGAGUGGCAUCGGAAUGGUGUGAAGAUCGUUGAACAGCCCGGUUCUGUAGAAGUCAGCGGCGGGAGGCUACAGCUGUUGAGGCCCACUCUCAAUGAUGAGGGCUUUUAUCAGUGCUUCGCCAGUAAUUCGCACGGAAAAUCCAUGUCUACUGUUGUGGAAAUUCAGAAGGCUCAGUUACUCGGCUAUAAAACACUUCCGGUUGCGAACAUUGGGACGCAUGAUGUGGGUUCUCACGUGACCUUAACCUGUCGUGACCAACCAAUGAGCGUGCCCACUGCCGUCUAUGAUUGGUUCAUUGGCAAGUCUGAAGCUGUCAUAACUGGAGGUCGAAUCGUCAUUGAUCAAGUAGGAGAUCUACAUUUCAUCAAUGUGGAAAUGGGUGAUGAGUCGGCUGGAGAAAAGACGUACAAAUGCUCCCUCUACAAUGUGGUUGCUCAACUUAGGGUCUAUGGUAGCCCCACCAAAUUUAAAGUCAACCCAGUCGCACCCGCCUCGAGGGCUCCAACUGUGGUAUGGUUUACAGACAGGGAGAGCUCUGUGGCCUUACUCGGGAAAACACUCACCCUGCAAUGUAUACCUGAUGGAUACCCAUUACCCAAGAUAGAGUGGGCCAGAACAGGCGGCUCACUGCCUGUGGGGCGUCACUUUAUCAGUGACGACAAGUACACAUUGGAGAUCUCAAAUGUGAUGGAGGCGGAUGAAGGAACGUACACCUGUACAGCUGUACACGGAAGCCAGAGGUCUGUUCAGAACAUCUUUGUGGAUGUGAAAUCGAAGCCUAUUUGGGUUCAGAAGCUGAAAUCUGUGAUAGUUACGACCGGAAAGACUGCUGAGUUCAAAUGUGUGGCAAGGUCGGCUGUAAUGGAGCAGGACAUUCCGCUGGUACAGUGGUUCCAGAACGGCAAACCUCUAAACGCUGGAAAAACAGGGAAAAUAGAAGUGUAUGGAACAAAACUUACUGUCAGUGGCGUCCGUAAACCAUACGAUCUCAUGAAUAUCCAGUGUAACGUGUCCAACAGCAUUGGUUAUCAGCUGGCAGAUGCUUUCCUUAACGUCAUAGACCAAACCAAACUGGACGUGAGGCCCCAACCAAAGUAUGUCGUUGACCCUGGCAAGGUGUUGGAGGUGCCUAUUAUGGCUGUCGCCGACCCUCUCUAUCACAGGCUUCUUACCUACAGGUGGUCUAAGGUGAAGGGUGGUCAGGCAGUUAGUAAAAACCCUGCUGAUCCUGUCUACGUGGAUGUGUCAAACACACUGAUCAUCAACGCGACGGGGUUUGAUCGAGAUCAGGCCUUCCUGGAGAUCCUGGGCAAUUACAGCUGUCUAGUGUCUAUGGGGCUGGAGAAAGGCGAAGGUGACGUGGUAGUCUAUACCCACAUCUCGUCUGAUGAGGAAGAAGCAAAAGCAGAACCUCCUAAAAUCAACAGUGGAUUUUUAAAGAAGAUAUUUUUUCGGGAUGUGACCGAUUCAAAAACAUUAGAUUGUAAAGCUGAUGGAAUCCCUGCUGUAGAGUAUGAGUGGCAUCGGAAUGGUGUGAAGAUCGUUGAACAGCCCGGUUCUGUAGAAGUCAGCGGCGGGAGGCUACAGCUGUUGAGGCCCACUCUCAAUGAUGAGGGCUUUUAUCAGUGCUUCGCCAGUAAUUCGCACGGAAAAUCCAUGUCUACUGUUGUGGAAAUUCAGAAGGCUCAGUUACUCGGCUAUAAAACACUUCCCGGUUGCGAACAUUGGGACGCAUGAUGUGGGUUCUCACGUGACCUUAACCUGUCGUGACCAACCAAUGAGCGUGCCCACUGCCGUCUAUGAUUGGUUCAUUGGCAAGUCUGAAGCUGUCAUAACUGGAGGUCGAAUCGUCAUUGAUCAAGUAGGAGAUCUACAUUUCAUCAAUGUGGAAAUGGGUGAUGAGUCGGCUGGAGAAAAGACGUACAAAUGCUCCCUCUACAAUGUGGUUGCUCAACUUAGGGUCUAUGGUAGCCCCACC